AUGGCCGUUACAGCAUGUCGUCGCUUUUCCCCCUCCAAAAGAGAAGGCCUACAGACGCCCUCUCUGAGCUAUGCUGUGGAGAGCCCCUCCAGGAGAGAAGGCCUACAGACGCCCCAUCUGAGCUAUGCUGUGGAGGGCCCCUCCAGAAGAGAAGGCCUAUGGACGCCCCCUCUGAGCUGUGCUGUGGAGAGCCCCUCCAGGAGAGAAGGCCUACAGACGCCCCAUCUGAGCUGCGCUGUGGAGAGCCCCUCCAGGAGAGAAGGCCUACAGACGCCCCAUCUGAGCUGCACUGUGGAGAGCCCCUCCAGGAGAGAAGGCCUACAGACGCCCCCUCUGAGCUAUGCUGUGGAGAGCCCCUCCAGGAGAGAAGGCCUACGGACGCCCCCUCUGAGCCAUGCUGUGGAGAGCCCCUCCAGGAGAGAAGGCCUACAGACGCCCUCUCUGAGCCAUGCUGUGGAGAGCCCCUCCAGGAGAGAAGGCCUACAGACGCGCCCUCUGAGCUAUGCUGUGGAGAGCCCCUCCAGGAGAGAAGGCCUACAGACGCCCCCUCUGAGCUGCACUGUGGAGAGCCCCUCCAGAGGAGAAGGCCUACAGACGCCCCCUCUGAGCUAUGCUGUGGAGAGCCCCUCCAGGAGAGAAGGCCUACAGACGCCCCCUCUGAGCUGCACUGUGGAGAGCCCCUCCAGGAGAGAAGGCCUACAGACGCCCCAUCUGAGCUGCGCUGUGGAGAGCCCCUCCAGGAGAGAAGGCCUACAGACGCCCCAUCUGAGCUGCACUGUGGAGAGCCCCUCCAGGAGAGAAGGCCUACAGACGCCCCCUCUGAGCUGUGCUGUGGAGAGCCCCUCCAGGAGAGAAGGCCUACGGACGCCCUCUCUGAGCCAUGCUGUGGAGAGCCCCUCCAGGAGAGAAGGCCUACAGACGCCCCCUCUGAGCUAUGCUGUGGAGAGCCCCUCCAGGAGAGAAGGCCUACAGACGCCCCCUCUGAGCUGCACUGUGGAGAGCCCCUCCAGGAGAGAAGGCCUACAGACGCCCUCUCUGAGCCAUGCUGUGGAGAGCCCCUCCAGAGGAGAAGGCCUACGGACGCCCCCUCUGAGCUAUGCUGUGGAGAGCCCCUCCAGGAGAGAAGGCCUGCAGACGCCCCCUCUAAGCUAUGCUGUGAAGAGCCCCUCCAGGAGAGAAGGCCUACAGACGCCCCCUCUGAGCUAUGCUGUGGAGAGCCCCUCCAGGAGAGAAGGCCUACGGACGCCCCCUCUGAGCUGUGCUGUGGAGAGCCCCUCCAGGAGAGAAGGCCUACAGACGCCCCCUCUGAGCCAUGCUGUGGAGAGCCCCUCCAGGAGAGAAGGCCUACAGACGCCCCCUCUGAGCUGUGCUGUGGAGAGCCCCUCCAGGAGAGAAGGCCUACGGACGCCCUCUCUGAGCCAUGCUGUGGAGAGCCCCUCCAGGAGAGAAGGCCUACAGACGCCCCCUCUAAGCUAUGCUGUGAAGAGCCCCUCCAGGAGAGAAGGCCUGCAGACGCCCCCUCUAAGCUAUGCUGUGAAGAGCCCCUCCAGGAGAGAAGGCCUACAGACGCCCCCUCUGAGCUGCACAGUGCAGCUCUUCCCCCGCUGUGUGGAGAGCAGCACAUGCUGGCUUCUCACACAGCAACACCGUGCAACUCCCAGCACGCAGCUCUUGGAUCGGGUCGUAAGGCGUGUUCAGCACACACCUCCACACGCGUGCACGCAGGGCCCGAACGCUGCUGAACGCUGCUACUCAAUGCUGCUGAUGAACGCUGCUGAACGCUGCUACUCAAUGCUGCUGAUGAACGCUGCUGAACGCUGCUACUCAAUGCUGCUGAUGAACGCUGCUGCUGGACACUGCUGA